GCACUCCACAUACAGGUGAGAGUAGGAGGGAGGGAGAGAGAGAGAGAGGGAGAGAGAGAGAGAGAGAGAGAGAAAGAAAUAGCGGUGAGUAAGCAUUCUCAGGCUAGGGACCAAUUUCACUGCAUCAACUGAGGUUUGCUUCAUUCGAAAACUUGUCUGAGCUCAUAGGUGGAGCAGUCGUGGACGUCCAAGGACUGCGCAUUCAGCAGUAGCCUAGGCUACUUUUAGAUUAUCGCUACACUACAUAAAGGCAGCAUUGUUUCUAUAGAGUGGGACCCUACCUUCUGCUUACUAGAAAGUCUGCUUGUUUACCGCGCCGCUGAGCACGUUGGAUGCAGAAUGUCGAAAAUAUUUGUCUUCUGCUUGUGGAACAGGUGAACUUUCUCUCAGCACUCAUAAUAGAAGAUUGAGGAUUACAGAAAACACUCCUGCAAAUUACCUCUAAUCAGGUAGUAGGCAGCCAUGGAGCCUUCGUUCACCAGUGUCCGCUUGCUGCUGUUGGUGGCUGUGGCCAUCUCUGUCCCGGACUGCUGUGCUGCUAACAAGACAGUAAACAACCCGCCGCAGGGCUGUGGCCCGAACGUGGACUCCCUUUACUACAACCUGUGCGACCUGAGCGCCGUUUGGGGCAUCGUGGUGGAGGCCUUCGCCGGGGCCGGCGCCAUCGGCUCACUGGUCCUCUUCAUCGUCCUGCUGGCCAGCCUGCCCUUCCUGACGGACCCCGGGAAGCGGAGCUCAAUGGGCCUUCACGCCGGCUUCCUGGUGUUCACGACGGGCCUGUUCUCCCUGACGUUCGCCUUCAUCGUUGGCCGCAACUUCUCCACGUGCGCUGCGCGUCGCUUCCUCUUCGGCGUGCUGUUCGCCGGCGGCUUCUCCUGCCUGGUGGCGCAGAACGUGCGGCUCAACCUGCUGGCACGGCGAGACACCGGACCGCGCGGCUGGGUGCUCUGCCUGGGCGCCCUGGGUCUCUGGCUGGUGGAGGUCAUCAUCAACACCGAGUGGCUGAUCAUCACAGUGGUGCGGUACCCAACCAACACCACGAUCGGCAUCGGUAGCGGGCCAGCUAACGCCAUCCCGUGCAACAUCGCCAACGACGACUUCACCAUGGCGUUGAUCUACGUCAUGUGCCUGCUCCUGGCCACUGUGCUGACCGCGCUGCCCGCCUUCGCCGGCCGGCACAAGCAGUGGCGCGGGGAGGCGGCGUGCGUGCUGGCCACCGGCCUGCUCUCCAUGGGCAUCUGGGCGGCGUGGAUCGCCAUGUACGUCUACGGGAACGACCAGGCCGCCGGCGGCGGACCCUCGUGGGACGAUCCCACACUGGCUAUCGCCCUGGUGGCCAACGCCUGGGUCUUCCUUCUGCUCCACACCAUCCCGGCGGUGUGCGGCUUCGGCAACACCGAAGACGAGGACCUGCCGGGGUUCCGAGAGGACCUGUACCCGAGCCGUGGCGUGGGCUACGAGACCAUCCUUAAGGAGCAGAGCUCGCAGAACAUGUUCAUGGAGAACAAGGCCUUCUCAAUGGACGAGCCCAACUCAGGCCACAAGCCAGUGUCCCCCUACAGCGGUUACAAUGGUCAGCUACGCAGCUCUGUCUACCAGCCCACUGAGUUAGCCCUCAUCAGCAAAGGAAUCAACACUAAAUCAGAGGUGCAGUCAUAUGACAUCCCUCGCGCCACAGCCACCCCCCCAGCCCAGAAUGGGGGCAGUAGUCCCUCCAGCCACACAUAGGAGGAAGCCAGCCAGGCCAGCAGCGGUAAUGGAUUACACAAGAAGGCCCAGUGGUAAACCCCUACACAAGACCUACCAUGAGAUCUACUAUUCAUAUUGCACAUUUUAACCUCUGAAUGCAUCUCACUGUCAUUUCUAGGUUGUUUUUUUUAGGCCACAAAAGACUGACAAGACUUUAUUUGUGGUGGCCAGAUCAAUGUUCAACCAUUUCAGCUAUCUCCACACACAAACACACA